GGGUCUGUAAUGUGGACCACCAGAACAAAGCUGGCUACACAGCUCUCAUGCUGGCUGCGCUGGCAGCUGUCGAGCAGGAAGAUGACAUGAAUGUGGUCAGGAGGCUUUUCAGCAUGGGCAAUGUCAACGCCAAGGCCAGCCAGCACGGCCGGCAGGAGAUGGUGGAAGCCCUGCUUGCCUGCGGAGCUGACGUGAACCUGCAGGACGAGGAGGGCUCAACCGCACUGAUGUGCGCCUGUGAGCACGGCCGCAUGGAGACGGUGAAGCUGCUGCUGGCUCAGCCCACCUGCGACAUCUCCAUCGUGGACAGCGAUGGUAACAAUGCAGUCGCCAUUGCACUGGAGGCUGGCCACAGCAACAUCGCUGUGCUCCUCUACGCCCACCUCAACGGCACGAAGGCACAGCUGCCUGACUAA